AGACCCCCAAUAUCGUAUUCCUCUCCUUCUGCCUUCCUGAGUUCAUUUGUUGCACGGAAUAGGGCAGUCUGGACAAAGCGAUUCGCUCUAUCUUUGUUGGCAGGGCAGAUCAUUUCGCUCUGUAUCACCUGUACGAAUGUCACCACAACGGAAUUGCAGAAUAAUCGCAACUGGGCUUUACCGACAACUCAGAACGUUUUUCUAUAUUUUUCGUUGUUCAUGGUGUAUACUCCGUAUACGAUGUACAAGUACGGCAUCAAGGGCUGGGCGGAGAUGGUAUUUCGCGAUGGCUGGAAGUACCUCUUCCUGGCAGCCUGUGACGUUGAAGGAAACUUUAUGGUAGUGAAGGCCUAUCAGUAUACCGAUCUUCUCUCGUGCAUGCUUCUCGACGCCUGGGCCAUCCCCGUGUGCCUCUUCUUCUCUUGGGUGUACAUGCGUACCCGCUAUCACUGGACUCAAAUUCUUGGCGUCCUCAUUUGCGUCAGUGGUCUAGGCCUGUUGGUAGCCUCGGACGAGAUCACCAAGAAGGAUUGGCAAGCCAGUGCUCGCGGGAAGGGAGAUGCAUUCAUGGUUGCAGGCGCGACAUUAUACGGCUUUACCAACGCUACCGAAGAGUUCCUCGUUCGCAAGAGGCCGUUGUAUGAAGUUGUCGGCCAGCUCGGCAUGUUUGGAUUCAUUUUCUGUUCCAUCCAAGCCGCUGGACUCGAGCAUGCGGAUAUGCAUACAGCAUCUUGGAAUGGGCCUGUCGUUGGAUUGAUUCUCGCAUAUACUUGUGCGAUGUUUAUCCUGUACACGCUCGCGCCCAUUCUAUAUCGCAUGGCCUCAUCGGCAUAUUAUAACCUAUCGCUGCUUUCGAGCGAUUUUUGGGGUCUGCUCUUCGGGUUAGGCCUUUACCACUACCAUCCGUAUUGGUUAUACUUUGUCGCGUUCGCUGUUGUCAUUCUUGGCCUGGUUACAUAUUUCUGGGAUUCAGCUCCGGAGGAUCAGGCCGAACUCGACCCUCAGACACCAGCGUAUGCCAAGAAGAGGCAGCAACGUGAAGGAGGAGAAGAGACAGUGACGGUGUAG